GGAGCAACAGGCGAAGGAAUAAGCUCUUGGAGAGGCUGGAAUCACAAAACCAUUUAACAUAUUUAAGAUUCUAAGGAGCGGUAACGCACAGACCGAAAUCGAACGGAAACCGCGCGAAAGCCAGUGAAAUUGUCCUUGCCCUCUGGCCUCGCCCGUGCCACACGUCCCGAAAAUAAGAACAGGUGUAAAGAUACAGGUGGGAAACAGUUGAGGAUCUACCCGUGAGGAGUGAGGUCGACGCCGGUUAAGCCUCCUCCGCGUUCCUAGCCUCUCGUCCCUCGCACAAGUGAACCGUUGAACUUGCCUCUUCGGAUCUCCAUUUCGAGAACCAGUUUUGUGAAACUUUUUUUUGGAAAGGAAAGAAAGAAAAAGGCGGCAUUGAUAUCUCCCACCUUUUUAUUUUUUUAGUCUCUUUUCUUUGAUUUUUGAACUCUUCGUUCCCGUGGCCUUUUGCAUGGUGCUGCGAGGCCCCCACAAGUCGGAGAUCAUGGCGGAUUACCUUGAUAUGUGGCAAGACAUAGAGACGGUGCUGCUCGGAGACAUCAAACAGUCGACCACAGAAGCAGCCACCUCGCCCUUCACGCCCACAAACGCGCAGCAAGUGCAGCCGCCCACGCCCCAGCAGCCUCCUCCUCCGCCCUCGUCCGCACAGCUCCCCAACCCGCAGGCGACUCCUCCUCAGUCCCUGCUUCCAGGUCACGGCAGCCAGCCACCACCAGCACCACCUCAGCAGCACAGUGCCAGGCGCGGCCUCGUGCCACCCGGAGCCCCGCACGCUCUCGCCGCCGUCAGGAGAGACGUACCCGACACCAGUGGGCACGCACUACCCACCUCCGUCGCCGUACCCAAUCCACCAGUGGCGGAUCAAGAGCGAGUACGUGGGGGAGCAGAUCGUGCCCGAGGCGAGCUGGGACUACAAGGACGGGACGUACUGGACGGAGUACUACCCCUCCAACGACCCCUCCGGCAUGCAGCAGUACGGCUACUUCCCCUCCACCCCCCCUUACCCGGCCGACCUCUAUCCUUCCCCGGGGUCGGCGCCCCCUGCUUACCAGCCCUCCCUGCCCACCAGCUCUGCUAACCCCCUGCUGACCCCCCCUUCCUCCCCGUCUCUGCUGGCAGGGCAAGUGCCAGGGGGCAUGGCGGGCGCGGUGCCCCCCAACUGCCUCCCCGUGUCGCUCCCGCACGGCUUCCCGACGAUGCCCCCGCAGCAGGCGCCGACGAAGCCCAAGACGCGCCGCCGCAGGACCUGGACGCGCCGCAAGGCCAUCGUGCACACCUGCUCGCACAACGGCUGCGCCAAGACGUACGCCAAGUCGUCGCACCUGAAGGCGCACAUGAGGACGCACACGGGCGAGAAGCCGUACACGUGCGACUGGAAGGGCUGCGGCUGGCGCUUCGCGCGCUCCGACGAGCUCACGCGCCACUACCGCAAGCACACGGGCGACCGCCCCUUCCAGUGCCGCCUGUGCGAGCGCGCCUUCUCGCGCUCCGACCACCUCAGCCUCCACAUGAAGCGCCACAUGGCGCUCUGAGCGACGCACGGGUCCCUCUCGAAGGCUCAAGUGGGACUUCCGAGUGCCGAUUCCGUCUCUGUUGCUCGCAGCGCCGACAAGAGUGCCUAAACACGAGUGCCUAACCUUUAACAGCGUCCUCACCAAGUGCCAUAUGUACUUAGCCUUAAGCACACCACCAAUAACCCCGAAAGCAAGCAGAAUAAAACCUCAGCUUCAGUCAACGAAGUGCCAAAAAGAGAGCAGCUAGUGCCACGACUACCUCUUCCCCAGGGCACACUUCGCAGGUCCUCCCCACGCCUCCCGGAGGCUUCAGGGACUUCCCCUUCAGAAUAGCCUCGACGUCCUAUUCCUCUGCAUCAGGAGACGCCCU